GCAGCGGACAGACCGGGUCCGGGAGAUAAACGGAGGCACGCGACUGCUGCAUCACUUAGGGAGAUUGGACAUCUCAGACAUAGGAAAACGUUCUGCCAAGCGCGGUGGCAUAACUGAUCCGAACUGCGCUGCAUUACUCUGGCUAGCUGAGGCUGAAUGAAUAACCAUGGCAACAACAGCCGCAGCACUACAAGCGGUGAGCAGCUUAUGCCUAAACCAAUAUAAACACUGAGCGAUCAAGCCAUCCUCUAGCCGGUCAGCCUCAUAAAACGUUGGUCCACAAACGGAGUGAGGCGAAACGCCAAACUCAAUGACAGGAGGAGGGGAGCAACUUGAAAAGGAAGUGGAGACCAUUGCGUAGAGAGGUGUCGCAUCACAGCCGUGUGGCAGGUGAUGGAAUAGACGAUGUCGGAAGUUCAGGGGACUGUGGAGUUUUCGGUGGAGCUGCAUAAAUUUCACAAUGUGGACCUGUUCCAGCGCGGAUUCUACCAGGUGCGGGUCAGACUGAAGUGCUCCCCUCGAGUGCCGCACCGGUUAAUCGUGACAACACCUGGAUACACAGGAGAAUGCAGCUUCAGUGCGGCGGGUGUUCACGAUGGCGGCGUGUUCAGCAGGAUCUUCCAGAUCCUCUACCGGAACGAGGAGAUCAACCUCAACGACGUCAUGAACUUCAGGGUGCAUCUCCUGCUGGAUGGAGACAGGGUAGAAGAGGCUUUGAGUGAGGUGGAUUUCCAGCUGAAGCUCGACCUGCACUUUACUGACACCGAGACACAGCUGGCCGAUCUCUCCACUGUGCCCCUGAUCAGCAGUCGAACUCUGGGCCUCCACUUCCAGCCGUGCCGCGGGCUGCACCACCACGUGCCCGUCAUGUUCGACUACUUCCACCUGUCCGUCAUCUCCGUCACCGUCCACGCCGCCCUGGUGGCCCUGCACCAGCCGCUCAUCAGUUUUGCACGCUCAGGGAGAGGAGGGGCCUGGAUGGGCAAGGGAUCUCCGGAGAACAGCAGCGACGCCUCCAACGUCUCCGUGGAGAACCUCAUGUUUGGAGCCGGCUACUGCAAACCAGUCCUGACCGAGGGGAGUUUCUACGUGCCGUCGGACAACUGUCUCCAGAGGGCUCAUGCGCUGCACCGGAGACUGUGCCGCCUGCUGCUCCUGGCCCACCGAGGCCUGCGCUCGCACCACGCCGCCCUCACCAAGGCCUACCCCGAACUCACACCACUCGACGCUGAGGACCUUCCCAUUGAGGAGACGAUGAAUCAGCUGGCGAUAGAAUUGCAGCUCCAGGGAGGCCAUGAGAAGGUGGGCGAGCAGAUCAGUCGAGACCUGGCCCAACUGUGUGUCCACCUGGCCGCGCUCUGGGCCCAGUUCCUGGAGGCGGUGGUUCCCAACGCCCUGGUGCUGGCACAGCUGACGCAGGAGCACCACACGCUGCGGGUCAGGCGUUUCUCUGAGGCCUACUUCUUCACUGAACACCCAAAGGAGUUGUCUCUCACCUUCCAAGAGGAUCUUAUAAACAGACACAGCCAGGUGGCAGGGGACGUGCGGAGCUCGGACUACCUGACCAGGAUGCCACCGUUGCCGGUAGAGUGUCUGGACAUCGACGGGGACUGGAACAGCUUGCCCAUCAUCUUCGAAGACAGAUAUGUGGAGUGUCCAAGACUGGAGUGGGAACCACAAGUGCCAACGCUGCAUGAUGCCAACACGCCUCCUCUAUCCCCCACCGAUCCUCCCGCCACCACGGCUGCCUACGGAGGUGCCAGCCUGGAAGAAGAAGAAGAACUGCAGGACGGCGACGGGGACGGGGACUCACCUGAUGUGUCUGGGGAGCCGCCGUCAGGAAACGCAGACGGCAAAGAGGAUUGCAUGGACCUGCCCACCUACAUUUCUCUAAUUGGCCAGGAGACAGACGCUGAAGUGAUUGAAUCUUGUGAAGACUCCUGCGUGGCCCAGUCUGUCGGCGGACAGCCGACUGACCUGACCUGUGACGAUACAACACUCGCAUCGUCAACCUCACGCACUUCAAACGAUCAGGAUCGGGAUAAGGCGGUGAGCGAGACGGAGAGGCAUACAAAGCUGCAAAAUAGUCCGGAAUCAAGCCUUAGGUACAUCAAUGUCAGACCCACUGAACUGGACUCGCAUAAAGGGGAGACGGUCCACAUCAUCCAGUCUCCGAAAACAUGUUCAGACCCUGCACUAGAGACCACCGUCCUCCAAGAUGGUGAAGACUCAAACUUGCAUUCCUCACGGGGAGAGGACCCGAGAACCAAAGUAGACACAACGGAAAUUGACCAAUCGAGAGUGGAUUUACAGGAUGGGGAUGAAAAGCCGAGUUUUCCUGAGCCAGACAUGACGGACAUUGGCAGCGACAAGGUUGAAGAAGGAGAUGACAGCGAUGCUGACACUCACCCUACCCUCUCCAGUAGCAUGUAUACAACGCAAGCCCUUCCCACCACCACCACCACCUCUCCUCAACAUCCAGCAGACGCACGGCGGAGCGAGGACCGGCUCCACCUGGGGGGAUCAAAGUUCAUGAAGCGCUCCUCGUCCGUCAUCUCCGACUCGGGCAUCGAGAGCGAGCCAAGCUCUGUGGCCUGGUCGUCGGAGGCCCGCUUGGGCCGGGAAGGAAGCGGAGUUGGAGGAGGAGGAGGAGUAGGAACAGGAAGAGGAGGUGUCAGAGGAGGAGGAGGAGGAGGUGGUGGAAGUGAGGUGCUCCUGCUCCAGCAGGCUGGGGUCAGGGGUCAUAGGUCGGGUCACCCGGGCAGCCUGGAGGGCCUGCAGACGGAGAGUCACGGCAGCCUGCCGAGCGGCACCCAAGCCUCCCUCACCUCCAUCAGCUCGCUACCCUACGAGGAGGAUGAGGAGAGACUACGGGAGGAGACACUAGGGGGCAGCAGCACGCUCACCAAGUCGGCGUCGGCACCGCACAUCAGCAGUCCUGAUGAGGAGGACCCAGAGGCCGUGAAGAAGAGUGACAACAACAGCAAUGGUGUGGAGGACGAGGCAGAGAUGGAGGGCAAGCGGGGGAUGGAUCGGAAUGGAGGUGAAGAAGAGAGGAGAAGGGAGGAAGGAGUAAGCGAAGCGACAAGUGGAAUAGAAACAGAUGUGGAGAGUGAGCCAAUUGGAAGAGGAGGAAGGUUGGAGCCCACAGGCUCAACCCGAUGGCAGCAACCUGGUGAGGAUCAGCUGGCUGGCGGUCAGGAAGGAUGGGUAUCAAACCCAGCAUACACAGACGGAGGUGAUCCUAAAGAUAGCCAUCUGAAUCCUUGUGUCAACGGGGAGUCGCAAAGCCAGGUUGACAUGAACGCAGCGUCAAUGUUGAGCACUGUGCCCGAAGAGCUGAUGUUCCAGCACUUCAUGUCGGGCCAAGGGCGUGUGGAGAAAGCGCGAGUAGCUACGGAGGAGUCUUUGGAUGAUGACUGCUCUGAAAACACCAGCCUUUCCGACGGGGACCUAGAGCUCUGCGGGUGUGAUGCUGAGGUUUGCGAGCACAAGGUGGAUCUGGAAGUAGCGGCAGAUGACAUGAAUGGCCCCAGGUUGUUCCCGCUGUUCUCGACAGAAGAUCAUGGUGUUGUAGAUCAGCACUUGAAUGCCAUUGAAGCAGCAGCUGACGGCUUCUCAACCACACCUGACAACGCUACGCUAAUGCCUGUUGACGUUGCAGAGAUUGCAACCAAUGAGAGGCACCGGUGUAGCGACCUCAUAGGUCUGGCGUCCAAUGAUAUGGAAGCCCAGCAGGCAGAGGCGGGACAAGGCUCCAAAGGCUCCUCCUCCGGGCUGUCCUUCAUGAACAAGAAGGUUGUGGAGGUCGUCAACAUGUCUGUCUCCUGCGCCCCGACCUGCCUUCCCUUCUCCUCUGUCCUCAGGGAGUCGCCCUCUAUUGGUGGAAUAUCGUCACGGCAGGCCACAUCUCCCAUUACCCAUCAGCCACUGGGUUCCUUCAGCAUCCUGUCAACCAAUUCGGCAACAGAGAGAGCAGAUGAAGAUGCCAAUGAGAGGAUGAUCUUUUUUUACAAGGCCAAAGAGGACCUGCUGAAAGAGCUGCACUUCCAGGCCACCCUGUACAGUGACCUCCCCAACCUGGCCUCCCACCUGCCCUACUUUCCCCCGGAAGAGGAUGAGGAGGAAUUUGACGAUGGCAUCCAUCUUGUUGUGUGUGUCCAUGGCCUUGAUGGCAACAGUGCAGACCUGCGGCUGGUGAAGACCUUCAUAGAGUUGGGCUUACCUGGAUCCAGACUGGAUUUCCUUAUGUCAGAGCGGAACCAGACGGACACGUUUGCCGACUUUGACACCAUGACAGACAGGCUGUUGGACGAGAUCAUUCAGCACAUUCAGCUUUACAACCUCACCAUCAACCGGAUCAGUUUCAUUGGGCACUCCCUGGGCAAUGUGAUUAUCCGCUCGGUUCUGACCCGACCUCGGUUCCGAUGCUACCUAUGCAAACUGCACACCUUCCUCUCCCUGUCCGGACCACACCUAGGAACGCUUUACAACAACAGCACUCUCGUCAGCACAGGCCUGUGGCUGAUGCAGAAGCUGAAGAAGUCCGGCUCCUUGCUCCAGCUCACCUUCCGAGACCACACGGACCCACGCAAGACCUUUCUCUACUCGCUCAGCCAGAAACCAGGGCUGCAGUUCUUCAAGAACGUGGUGCUGGUGGCCUCUCCGCAGGAUCGCUACGUCCCCUUCCACUCCGCCCGCAUCGAGAUGUGCAGAACGGCCCUCCGAGACCGCACCACAGGUCCAGUUUACACGGAGAUGAUCAACAACCUGCUGCAGCCUCUGCUGGGAGAGAAGGAUUGCCGUCUGAUCCGCCACAACGUGUUCCACGCGCUGCCCAACACGGCAAACACUCUCAUUGGCCGCGCGGCUCACAUCGCCGUCCUGGACUCCGAACUCUUCCUGGAGAAGUUCUUCCUGGUGGCCGGGUUAGACUACUUCAAGUAGAGGCUGAAAAAGAAGCUGUAGGCACUAUUUCAUCCAAAAUGGCCGCCUGGUGAGGAAGACCAAGGUUUGCUGUGUUGUGGGAAUUUAGGUUAUUUUGGUAACCUAUGAGGUAAAGUCUGUAUUAUAUGGUAAAUAUUAUGAUGUAUAUGAAGUACAUAAUAUUGUUUAUUUAUUUUAUGGUUUAAGUACCCAAGGCCUACAUCCCAUUCUGAUUUCGGAAACUCCAUUAACUUAUGAUGAUGUCAUUGAGACUUAAUGGUUAGGCUAGUAAACACCAUUCAUCCGAUUCUGAGGUCUGCCUUUUUAAUAUUUAGCUAUUAUUAUCUAUCUGCCCUAGCAUCAUGGAUCCUAUAUAGUAUGAAGGAAUGCAUGGUUUCCCAAGAGUUCUACAAAGGGUGUAUAGAAGAGCCUUGGGGUACUUUGAAGUUAAAAAUAAAUGAAGCACUACCAAACUGUA